AGACAUUGGAGAGAUAAAACUCUGUAGUGUCCAUAUUUUUCAUUAAAGCCUCAUAUGACUCAAAAACAUGGGCUGUGUGUUUAUGUGCCCUGCUGUCACCCCUAAACAACUACAUCUGAGACAGCCAUCCUCUUCCUUCUCUCAUUUCUUGUCAUGACUGAGUAAACUUACUCCCUUUGUCUUUCACAGAAAGAGUCCAAGAAAAUAUAGGCUCAGGUUUUAUAGAAAAAUCAAAACUGAUCCAGUCAAAGUAGAUUUACAGGAAUAUAUACUCAUCCUCUAAAACCUCAUUUUCUUAUUUAGAGAAAUCAUUUUUCUAGGUCCUAGAAAGGUAAAUUCCUGGUACACAAAAAGUAGAGGAUUGGGAACUAAGCUUUCUUAGCUGACUUAAGAAUCUUCUGCAGAAUUUCUGUGAAAUUCUUAACUAUUGACUUACGAAGACUUUAUGUCUAAAUAGUAACUGCAAUGUUUAUUUUUUUAAAUGGAAUAUGUUUAAAAAGACUCCGGGAAAACAUUUUUAAAGUUAUUAUUGGAUGGGAGGAAUAUGGGGCGGAGUUGGCCUUAGAGAAAUGAUAGCAGCAUUAGUAAAAAGGAUUUUAAAAAGCACAUGCUGGGCUCAAGUCAGUAUAGCUCCAAAAGACAGGACUGAGCAAGAAGGAUCAGAAAGACAAGAUGAACGAUGUGAAGCUUGCUGUCUUGGGUGGCGAAGGAACAGGCAAAUCUGCACUUACAGUAAGGUUUCUUACCAAGCGAUUCAUUGGAGAAUAUGCUUCUAAUUUUGAAUCUAUCUAUAGUAAGCAUUUGUAUUUGGAAGGGAAGCAACUGAACCUAGAAAUAUAUGACCCUUGUUCUCAACCAAAGAAAGCAAAAUUUUCCCUCACAAGUGAACUGCAUUGGGCAGAUGGGUUUGUUAUUGUGUAUGACAUCAGUGACAGGUCCUCAUUUGCUUUUGCAAAAGCACUGGUCUACAGAAUUCGGGAGCCACAAACUAGUCAUUGUAAAAGUUGUGUUCUACAUUUCAGAGCUGUGGAAUCAGCGGUGCUUCUGGUUGGUAACAAGCAAGAUCUCUGUCACGUGCGAGAGGUUGGCUGGGAAGAAGGGCAAAAGCUGGCAUUGGAUAACCGCUGCCAAUUCUGUGAAUUAUCUGCAGCAGAGCAGUGUCUGGAGGUAGAGAUGAUGUUUAUCAGAAUUAUCAAGGACAUCCUGACAAACUUCAAACUCAAAGAAAAGAGAAGACCCAGUGGAUCUAAAUCAAUGGCUAAACUGAUCAAUAAUGUAUUUGGAAAGAGACGGAAAUCUGUUUAGCAGACAUGUAAUCCUAGGGGAUUUAUUAUAUCAGAGAGUUUUAAAUAUUCACAUGAUAAUGAAAUUUGCCCUUUGUAUGCAUUAAAAAAAAUAGUUCUCUUAGAGAUAUGAACUGACUGAACAUAAACCACAGCUGUGUUUUCAAAUAUAUAGCUUGCCGUUUGGUUGUUUGUAUCUUGUACACUCAUGCUUCACACCCAGCCUUUUCCUUAUUACACAAAAUGGCACUCGCUAUAACUUACCAAUGCAUUGCUGUAUAGUUUGCUUGUAUAACUGCUUAAUGAUUUUAUUAAACUACCUCCACAGGCCUCA